AUGAGCACACUUCUCGUCUCGACGGCCUUCACGAAUGUGCGUGCUGCACUGGGGAGGAGGCCGGCAACCGUAUUACAGGCCCAGGCUGGACCCAAGAAGGCAACAGCACAGGAGCCCUGGAAGCCUCUCGUGUUCAAGAUGCCGCAGAAGAAGCCACCGCGAAAACUCGAGCCUGGAGACGACGGCUUCACGUUGAAGAUGCGGGAUCGUUUGAAGGCGAUCAGUGCUAAAGAGGGCGACGAGCCCGACAACCUCAUCACCGUCUCGACCGAAAAUGCGAAGAACCUCGCCUUGUCUGCCAUGUGGUACAUUGAUCAGGAGACAGACCGCAAGAAGUUCGAAAAAGAAAGUCCCGAUGCAGAGGUUUUGAAGCGGCGCUACGACGGGGCGUUGGAGAAGCUGGAGCUGCCACGAGAAGCCCCAGCUCCCAAGAAGAAGGAGACGCCAAGUGCCGGCGGCAACCUGGAGAUCGGAAGAAGCAUUGACGAGCUUCUCGCAAACGCCCCGGCCCGGGCCGCUCCGCGCGCUGCCCACAGCGAAGCGGCAGCUGAGGAAGCAGAGGAUGAAGGAGAGGAUGAAGGAGUGGCUGACUACCUCGCCAUCCUCCAGAAACGAAGUUUGCAGAAGCGUAAGGACAACAAGAAGUGGUUGAAGAAGACGAUUGUGAGGAGGAGUCCAGAAGACAGAAAGAAGGACUAUGAGGCCACGAAGGUGCGGAUGUUUGGAAUCACCGCAGCGUUGAGUGGCGUCGGCUUUGUGUACGCCUAUGCCGCGUAUGGUGUGAGCAUUGCCUUCAGUUUCGGCCUCGGGGCCAUUGGCGGGCUCCUCUACCUCUCAGGGCUGGCGUCCUACACGGACAAUGCCGAGAACCCAAUGGGCUCUGCUUUGGGUGCGAGGCGGCUGUUGACCCCGGUCAUCGUCCUCCUCAUCGUGCAGGGGUGGCCGCGGAUAGAAGCGCAGGUCCCGGAAAUCGCCGAGCUGCACCUGCAGCCGGCACUUCUGCCUGCCAUUCUGGGCUUCUUCGUGUACACGGUCGGCAAGGUGUUGGCCGGUCUCUUGCAGUGA